AUGGAGAAAGUGGCGGUUGAUUAUUUCUCGGAAUUAUUCACAACCACUUCACCAGAUGGUUUCUCGGAAAUUCUGGAGGGAAUCACGGGACAAAUUACAGAUACGGAUAAUAUUUUGUUGACAAAACCCGCGACAGAAGAGGAAGUACGAUCAGCGCUGUUUUUGAUGCACCCGGAGAAAGCACCGGGACCGGAUGGGAUGACGGCUUUGUUUUUCCAACGGUCAUGGCCUAUAAUUAAAAUGGAUAUACUCCGGUUCAUAAAUGAUUUUUUAGCUUCGGGAUGUUUUGAUAAGAGGCUUAAUAUGACGAACAUAUGUUUGAUCCCUAAGACCGAGAGACCAACCCGUAUGACAGAAUUACGGCCAAUUAGUCUCUGUAAUGUGGGGUAUAAGAUUAUUUCGAAGGUUUUAUGUGAACGUUUAAAAAAGGUGCUCUCCCAGCUGAUUUCCGAGACUCAGUCGGCAUUUGUCCCAGGGAGACUUAUUUCGGAUAAUAUUUUGAUAGCACAGGAGAUGUUCCACGGGUUACGGACAAAUAAGUCAUGUAAAGGGAAGUUUAUGGCGGUUAAAACGGAUAUGAGUAAAGCCUAUGAUAGGGUGGAAUGGCAGUUUGUUGAGGCUACUAUGCGAAAAAUGGGAGUUAUUGAGGAUUUCAACACGGCCUUACUCGCCAAACAACUAUGGCGCUUAUUGGAUAAUCCGGAGUCACUUUUUGCUAAAGUCUUUAAGGGGAGAUAUUAUCGGAACUCAUCCCCUCUAGACCCAAUACGGUCUUACUCCCCGUCCUAUGGAUGGCAGAGUAUGAUCUCGGCUCGACCUCUGGUUCACAAAGGGCUUAUUAAAAAGUUGGUUCAGGAUCUUCUAUCUCAGUAUGGUAUGAUCCAUGGAUUUCUGACUCUCGCCCGAGAAAUUGCUCGCAUUACGGGUAUUACAAUUGCAACGGGGUACAGAAAAGACACUUGUGGGUGGCUUUUCACCAAAUCGGGGCGAUAUACGGUUAAGUCAGGCUAUAGGGUUCUACAGGAGCUUGCGGAUGAAGAUGUGAUACCGGUAUUUGGGCCAGAUGUCCGUCGACUGCAAGCACAGUCAUGGAAAGUUAAAUGCACUACAAAGCUUCAACAUUUCAUUUGGCAGAUUAUCUCGGGAUGUUUAUCGGUCUUUUGGAGCAUUCUGGAGCAUAUGGGACAUGAGGAGCAUGGAGGGACUUGGCACAUGGAAGCAGCUCAACUGGACACGCAAAGGAAGAAGGGAGAAGCCAUCUUGAAGACCAGCUCGACCGUCCACUCGACCAACCGGUCGAGUUCCUCAACUCGACCGGCCAAGCUUCAACUCGAUCGAGCUGGAAGUCAAAGUCAAACCCGAAAAAUGUUGCUUCCCCCUUGA